AUGGAGACGGACCUCAUGGCGCUGCAGACCCCAAAGGAGCGCGACGCGUCGGCGCCGACGAUCGACGACCAUGCGGUGACGAUCCUCGAAGACGCUCGGCCCGGCGGCUGCUGCUUUAGCGCCGGCCAUACCCACUAUCUCUUCCACAAAGGUGGCACGGCGAUGGCGUUCCCGAGCGUGUGCCAUGUCGGGCCCAACUGGCCGUGCAUGACGUUUACGUUCGCACUCAUCUUGGCGCCGUCGUUCAUUUGCUCGUUCGAUCGCAACAUCACGGCGUGGGUCAUCGCGGUCUUGGUGCUCUCGAUCGUGCUCACUUUCCUUUCGUUUGCGAUGGUGGCGUGCAGCGAUCCCGGCAUCAUCCGCGAAGACUAUGUCAAUCCCGCCGGCGAAGACGAAGGCGUGCUCUGCGCCCACUGCCGUAUCCGCCGCCCGGCCAACGCAGUCCACUGCUACGAGUGCGAAGUGUGCAUCGACGGGCUCGACCAUCACUGCCCGUGGACGGGCAAAUGCAUCGGGAAGCGCACGCUCAAGUGGUUCUACCUCUUUCUGACCAUGAUCACGCUGCACUUGACGUUCAGCAUCAGCGUGCUUGUGUACUACAUCAUCAGAGGCACCACCAAAUGA